AUAAAUGCUAUAUCAGUUGCUUAUCUUGGGAUGAAAAAAGAUCGCUGGAUUGAGCAGAGUGAAUUAAAAGCAACUGUAAAACGUGCAGUCGAAUGUGCGCAUGGAAAGUUCUCGACAAUUAAGAAUUUCUCAAAUUUUGUCGCAG